AUGUCGAUGCAUCCCAACGCUGCCUUGAGCGCGCCGAACCUCUGGUACGUCCAGCAGCAAAAGGCCCAGCGCCCCGAGGUCGUUCUCGACGUGUCGCUCGGGCAGUGGCAUGCGUGGAGCAUCUCACAAGCGCACUGGGUGCACGACGCCCACCGGUCGGCGUGCCACGGCUGCGGGCACAGCUUUACCUUCUUUCGCCGCAAGCAGCACUGCCGCAUGUGCGGCGAGAUCAUCUGUCGGCAGUGCGCACGGCGCGUGUGCCUGGUCACGCUCGACACCAAGCGUCAGCGCAAGCCCCAGCAGCGACACAUCAAGGUGUGUCCACCGUGCUACGCGUCGACGCAGACAACACGCAUCUCCAAGCUGCCGUCUCCGGCUGCGUCGCCAAACCCGUUCUUUGCCACGACACCGACGAUCCCGCUCCUGGAAGAAAAGUCGCUUGCGUCGUCGUCGUUCACGGCCUCGACGUGCCCGUCGUCCCCAUACUGCUCGCUCAAAGACGAUGCGCCGCCCAGCAUCGAGGAUCUCUGGGUGCACUCGAACGAGCAAGCGCGACUCCAAGCGCUGUGGCAGCUCCAUAUCCUCGACUCGCCACGGGAGGCAACCUACGACACGAUCUGCAGCCUCUUGGGCGACCUCACCAACUGCCCCAUCGCGUACAUCAGCUUUAUGGACGCGCACCGGCAGUGGUUCAAGGCGAGUGUCGGGCUCUUCGUACCCGAGGUGCCGCGCGAAGCCUCGCUCUGCGCCUCGACGCUGCACGCGCCGCGGCCGAUCCUCGUGCCCGACACGCUCCGCGACCUACGCUUUGCCUCGAACCCGCUCGUCGCGUCGGCGCACGGCAUCCGGUUUUACGCCGGCGCGCCGAUCGUUCUCGGGUCGUCUGGCGUCGCGAUUGGCACCAUCGCCGUGCUGGACACGGUCGCGAGCAAGCGCAGUGCGACGUUGCAUGACGAUGUUGUGCACCAUCUCAACCGACUCGCGCGCCUCGUCGCUUCGUACGUCGAGCGUCCCCAGCCGUUGACACCGCAGAUCGUACUGCAGCAACUCCUCCGGCAGAGCUUGGAGACCAAAGAAAUGCUCUCGGGUCGCGGCGGCGUCUCGUGGCACUCGGGCAAACCGUCGAUCUACCGGUCGUGGUCCAGCAUCUCGGAAGACACCGAGCAGUGA